AUGAACGGAUUGAAUUUCUAAACUUUUUCUUUCAUCAGGAAUUAAAGUCUUUAACAAUAUACAAAUUGGAAGAAAAAGAUAAUUGAUAAUUAGAGGGGUAUGGAGAAAUAAUUGUAAAAACAUACAACUUAACAAGUUGAAUUUAAAUAAGCAAUUUCUAGAUAAAAGAUAAAUUCUUCGGUAAGAGAGUGCCUAUAAAAUAAAAUAUAAUUAUUUAGGAGAAUAAAAAAAUAAUAAAAUAGAAUAAAUAUUUGUAUUUUAUAGAGAAUUCAGAAUAAAAUAGAUCCACUAAAAUCAGAAGUGUAAAGUAAUUAGAAACAAGAUACAAUAGAUCAUGUGCAUAAUCAAGACGGAACUGGUGACAAACUAUAAAAAGUAAAAAUACUUGCCUGCCAAUAUUAAAGAUUAAAUGAGUCUUCUUUAAAAUCAAUUUUCAGAUGUUUUGAAUAUUCGGCAUUUAAUAAAAUUAAAGAGCAAUGACAGAACUUGGUAUUAGAAGACAGUCAAUAAGAUGAAGAAAUUAACAUUUAAAAAACUCAAAUGACAAAAGAUAGUAAAUAAAUUAUUUUAAUUCUUUAAAAAUCAACUUUCAAUUAAUAAGACCUAAAAAAUUUCCAUAUAUUGGAGAAAAAUAAGACAUCAAGAGGUACUAGAGUUUGAUACUUUAAGAGUCAUUA